GCAGCCGGCCCCGCCGCCGCUGCCGGCUUCGCUUUUGCUCCCAGAGAAGCGAGCCGGCGGGCCUCGCUCCACGUAGCCCCUUCCCUCCCCAAUGGCGCUGGUCGAGCUCUACACGCAGUACAACAGAGUUUGGAUCCCUGAUCCUGAAGAAGUAUGGCAGUCUGCUGAAAUCACAACAAACUAUAAGCCUGGUGACCAUGUACUUCACCUACAGCUAGAAGAUGGUGUGGAAUUGCAUUUUCCAGUUGAUCCCGGAGCUUUGCCUCCUUUGCGAAAUCCAGAUAUACUUGUCGGUGAAAAUGACCUCACGGCGCUGAGUUACCUUCAUGAGCCUGCUGUCCUGCACAACCUCAAAGUUCGCUUUGUAGAGUCCAAGCUUAUUUAUACCUACAGUGGAAUAAUUUUGGUCGCUAUAAACCCCUACAAGCAAUUGCCAAUAUACGGAGAUGCCAUUAUCCACGCCUAUAGUGGUCAGAACAUGGGAGAUAUGGACCCACACAUCUUUGCUGUGGCGGAAGAAGCUUACAAGCAGAUGGCAAGGAACAACAAGAACCAAUCUAUUAUAGUCAGUGGAGAAUCAGGAGCUGGGAAAACUGUUUCUGCUAGAUAUGCCAUGAGGUACUUUGCUACAGUCAGUAGAUCAAGCAGCAAUGCACAAGUGGAGAAUAAAGUUUUGGCCUCUAACCCAAUAACAGAGGCUGUUGGUAAUGCUAAAACCACACGCAAUGACAAUAGCAGUCGGUUUGGAAAAUACACGGAAAUCAGUUUUGAUAAGAGAUACCAGAUCAUCGGGGCAAAUAUGAGAACAUACCUGCUUGAGAAAUCCAGAGUCGUCUUCCAGUCUGAGAAUGAAAGAAAUUACCAUAUAUUUUAUCAGUUGUGUGCUUCUGCUCACAGGCCAGAAUUUAAACAUCUUAAACUGGGAAGUGCUGAAGAAUUUCAUUACACUAAUAUGGGCGGAAACACCGUGAUUGAAGGUGUGGAUGACGGAAACUACAUGAUAGAGACUCAAAGAACAUUCACCCUGCUAGGACUAAAGGAAGAUUUCCAGAUGGAUGUUUUUAGAAUACUGGCGGCCAUCCUGCAUUUAGGCAACAUGAAAAUAGCAGCUGUCAGUGAGGAAAGAUCAUCUGUUAGCCUGGAUGAUAAACAUCUUAAUAUAUUUUGUGAACUUCUGGAUCUAGACAGCGACAAAAUAGCACAAUGGCUGUGCCACAGAAAAAUUAUCACUACCUCUGAGACAGUGAUAAAGCCAAUGACGAAACUUCAAGCUCUUAAUGCACGUGAUGCUUUGGCAAAAAAGAUCUACUCCCAUCUCUUUGAUUUCAUUGUGGAACGAAUUAAUAAGGCAUUGCAGUUUUCUGGCAAGCAGCACACUUUUAUUGGCGUUUUGGACAUCUACGGAUUUGAAACUUUUGAUGUGAAUAGCUUCGAACAGUUUUGUAUCAAUUAUGCCAAUGAAAAAUUACAGCAGCAAUUUAACCUGCAUGUCUUUAAACUUGAACAAGAAGAAUAUAUGAAAGAAAAUAUCCCAUGGACGCUCAUUGAUUUUUAUGACAACCAACCAGUUAUUGACCUUAUUGAAGCUAAAAUGGGCAUUUUGGACCUGCUGGAUGAAGAGUGCAUGCUCCCUCAAGGAAAUGAUGAAAAUUGGCUUCAGAAGUUAUACAAUAAUUUCAUAAAUAAAAACCUGCUCUUUGAAAAGCCAAGAAUGUCAAACACAUCUUUCAUCAUACAGCACUUUGCUGAUAAGGUGGAAUAUAAAAGUGAAGGAUUUCUGGAAAAAAAUAGAGAUACGGUAUAUGAAGUAUUGAUUGAAAUCUUGAAAAACAGCAAGUUUCAACUCUGUGCAAACUUUUUUCAAGACAAUCCGGUGCUACUGUCCCCGUUCAGCUCAUCUAUCAAAGUUAAGCCUGCAAAAACAGUGAUCAAACCGCCUAAUAAACAGUUCCGUACAACAGUCGGCAAUAAGUUCUGCAAUUCUUUGUAUUUAUUAAUGGAGACACUUAAUGCAACCACACCUCAUUAUGUACGAUGCAUAAAGCCAAAUGAUCAGAAAUUACCGUUUGAGUUUAAUUCAAAAAGAGUGGUUCAGCAAUUACGAGCCUGUGGCGUUUUAGAAACAAUUCGGAUUAGCUCUCAGAGUUACCCAUCCAGGUGGACAUACAUUGAGUUCUACAGCCGUUACAGCAUUCUUAUGUCUCAGCAUGAACUCUCUUUGAACGAUAAGAAACAAAUUUGCAAGAUCGUUUUGCAGCGGCUAAUCCAGGAUCCUGGCCAGUAUCAGUUUGGCAGAACAAAAAUUUUCUUCAGAGCAGGGCAAGUUGCAUAUCUGGAAAAGCUACGGUCAGAUAAGUUGAGGCAAGCGUGCAUUGUGAUUCAAAAGAAUAUUCGAGGAUGGCUCCAGAGGAAAAAAUUCCUUCAUAUAAGACAAGCAGCGAUUACAAUACAGCAGUAUUUCCGAGGACAGCGUGCUGUAAGACAAGUUAUAACUGCAAGAGCCCUAAAGGAAACAUGGGCAGCUAUUGUUAUCCAGAAGCACUGCCGGGGAUACCUAGUGCGUAGACUUUGCCAGCUUAUCCGCGUGGCCGCCUUGACAAUCCAAGCUUUCGUUCGGGGAUUUCUAGCAAGGAAGAAAUACAGAAAGAUGCUUGAAGAACACAAAGCUGUCAUUCUCCAGAAAUACGCCCGAGCUUGGCUCGCUAGACGCAGAUUCCAGAGUAUUCGCCGUUUCGUUUUGAACAUCCAGCUUUCGUACAGGGUUCAGCAACUGCAGAAAAAACUGGAAGACAAGAAUAAGGAAAACCAUGCCUUAUUGGAGAGAUUGACCACUCUAGCCUCAAACCAUUCCAAUGAUGUAGAAAUAAUUCAAAAGCUUCACCUGGAUCUUGAGAAAUCAGCCACACAAAAGAAAAAAGCUGAAGAGAAAGAGAAGAAAAACAGGGAUGACUAUCAACAGAGGAUCUCAGAAUUUGAAAAUCAGAACUCAAAGCUGCAGAAACAGAAGGAGGAACUAGAAAGGAAGCUUCAGGAGAAAACGGAGGAAAUGAAAGAUAAAAUGGAUGACCUGACAAAACAACUCUUCACUGAUGUUCAAAAGGAAGAAAGACAACGAAUAACUCUUGAGAAAAACUUUCAGAACCAGAAGCAGGACAGCGAAAUAAAGAUUGAGUCCCUAAAGGCAGAAAUAAAGACUCUCAAAGAAGAAAACGAUCAGCUCCAAAAUCACCUUCAGGAAGAACUUCAAAUCCGUGCUGGUUUAAAAAUGGAACUAGCAGCACUUACAAACAAGACGAAGACAAUACCUGAAUUACGAAAAGAAAUUGAACUUAUUCAGACUCAGAAAAUGGAUGUGGAGAAGCAACUGCAGUCCCAGAAGCGUGAAAUGAGAGAAAAGAUGUCAGAUGUUACAAAGCAAAUUCUUGAUAGUUAUGAUUCUGCAGAUGUGAGGAGCAGGUACAAAUUGUCUACUGAAGAUCUGGAACAUUUAAACGAAGAUGGAGAACUUUGGUUUGCUUAUGAAGGCCUUAAAAAAGCGACAAGAGUAUUGGAAAACCACUUCCAGUCUCAGAAGGAGAACUAUGAGACAGAAAUAGAUGGUCUCAACUCUAAAGUGGAACAUCUAAGUCAAGAAAUAAGCCAUUUGCAGAAGCUGUUCAGGGAGGAGAAUGAUAUAAAUGACAGCAUUCGACUACAAGUAGCCAGACUGACCUCAGAAAACAUGAUGAUCCCAGAUCUCAAGCAGCGGAUCUCUGAGCUUCAGAAGCACAAGAUGGAUCUUGAAAACCGUCUUCAGGAAGAAGCUGCAAAGAAUAAAGAUAAAAUGGAAGAAAUGGCCAAUCGGUUACGUCAUCACUUGGAGGAGGAAGGAACACUGAGAAAAGUGUUACAAGUGCAAAAUGAAGUAUACACAAAAGAAAAAGAGAAGCUGAUAUUUAGAGACGGAGACUUUCAAAAGGAUCCUAUGGAGAAGCAGCAUGAAAUGGAGCAGGAAGCCAAGAGCAAAAUGUGGCAGGAUGAGGCCUAUCUUAUCAUGGAAAACACGGAUUUAGAGGAAGUGCUGGAUAAAAAGGACAGACUGAUAAAAAAACUUCAGGAUCAGAUCAGGACCCUUAGAAAGUCUAUAGAAAAAGACAAUGAAGUGCCCAUUUCAACUGUGCAAAAGGAAUACAUUGGAAUGCUGCAAUACCGAAAGGAAGAUGAAGCAAGAAUAGUUCAGAAUUUGAUUCUCGAUCUGAAACCCCGUGGAGUGGUAGUAAAUAUGAUACCGGGGCUCCCGGCUCAUAUCCUUUUCAUGUGUGUGAGAUAUGCAGAUUGUCUGAAUGAUGAUGGAAUGCUGAAAUCCUUCAUGAAUAUGGCAAUCAACGGUAUCAAACAAGUAAUUAAGGAACAUGUUGAAGAUUUUGAAAUGAUGUCCUUCUGGCUCUCAAACACAUGCCACUUUCUUAAUUGUCUGAAACAAUACAGCGGGGAAGAGGAGUUCAUGAAAUACAAUAGCCUGCAACAAAAUAAGAACAACCUGAAGCAUUUCGAUCUGUCGGAAUACAGGCAGGUGCUUAGUGACUUGGCCAUUCGUAUCUAUCACCAGUUCAUUAUUGUAAUGGAGAACAACAUUCAGCCAAUGAUAGUGCCCGGAAUGCUGGAGUACGAAAGCCUCCAGGGGAUUUCUGGCUUAAAACCGACCGGGUUCCGCAAGCGGUCUUCCAGCAUCGACGACACAGAUGCCUACACAAUGACCUCCAUCUUGCAGCAGCUCAGCUAUUUUUACACCACGAUGUGUCAGAAUGGCUUGGACUCGGAGCUUCUGAAGCAGGCGGUGAAGCAGCUUUUCUAUCUGGUCGGAGCUGUCACGCUUAAUAGCCUCUUCCUUCGCAAAGACAUGUGCUCUUGUCGAAAAGGCAUGCAGAUAAGAUGUAACAUUAGCUACCUGGAAGAAUGGCUUAAGGAGAAGAAUCUGCAGAACUGCUCUGCCAAGGAGACUUUGGAGCCUCUUUCCCAAGCUGCUUGGCUCCUUCAGGUGAAAAAGAUCACAGACGAUGAUGCCAAAGAGAUCUCUGAACGCUGCACAUCCUUAUCUGCUGUGCAGAUAGUAAAAAUCCUGAAUUCAUAUACUCCCAUAGAUGAUUUUGAGAAAAGAGUGACUCCAUCAUUCGUUCGUAAAGUACAGGUGAUGCUCAACAACAGAGAGAAUUCUCCACAGUUGAUGCUAGAUACCAAAUAUCUCUUCCCAGUGACGUUUCCUUUCACCCCUUCGCCGCAUGCUCUGGAAAUGAUACAAAUUCCCAGCAGUUUCAAACUUGGCUUUCUUACGAGAAUAUAAUUAAACAGGAUGGUUGUGAAAUGCACCUUGUCCUUGAACAGCCAAACAUCAGACUCAGUUGGGUGCUUCCCCAAACUCUGUGAAGUAAGCUACAUAGCAUAGAAGUUAAUUUUGAAAACUGUUUGUAAUUCUUGGUGUAAGAAACAUAAUAAGGAAUCAUAUUUUCUGUU